AUGCUGCCCCGGAGGCCGUUUAUAACCCGCAAGGACCGUGCCGCACUCCAGCAAAAACUCCAGCAAAAGCAAGGUGCCACUCUUCAUUCUUGGCGUGUGAACCCCGGCCCAGGGCGUCUCAAGGCUCCGGCGCCCCAGAUCAACCAUUUUGGGAAACGAUCGCAUGGCCAUGUCACAUCUGCAAAAAUGUUCCCAUCUGUCGGAACAUUGACGGUUCCAGAAAUCAAGCAGAUUCUACGAGAAAACCAUGUCAAAUUCCAUUCCAAAGACCUCCGCCCGACCUUAAUCAACCAUUACAAGACUAUGGUUAAUCAAUUGACCGGUUUGCAUCCCAAGCGUCCCCGUAUUCUUGCCGGUUCUCCUAAUCUUCAACCCACUAACCGUCAAAGUCCAACAGGAGCUUUGGAGCGGACCCCCGACAUUGAUUGCUCUGAAAACCCUUCACACAACAAGGACGAUCCCAAGAUCUCAGACAAUGCUCAUACUCAAGAUCCACCUCCCUCAGAUCCCUUAGAAUCCGAAAGUGAAGACUUGCGUCGAUCUAAUUCUCCAAUACUCACCAGACGCUCACAGCAAUCCAAACCUCGCGUCCACAACCGUCACAUCUUAUCAGACUCUGAUGACCUCGAAUCACAGAUAGACGCAAACUUGUUGGGUGAUGAAUCAGCCAGUAGCUCCGAAGAGUCGUCAUCUGAAGAGGAAGAUGAAUGGAUUCCUCAUUCAUAUGAAGAGAACAGCGACGAGGAAAUCGAAAACAACGACACGGCCAUCACCAAUAACAACACGGACAUGGAUAUCGGAAACGACAACAUAGCAAAUACGAAUGACAGGCCCAUUCCAGAGUCUCUUUCAACAGAAUUCAUACGAUCUGAGGUUGCUGCGCGAGGGUUCCCUUGUCAAAACCUUGAUCGGACACAGCUGAUUUCAAUAUAUAGCGUGAUCGAUGACAGGCCACCUAUAACCCGAAGCGGUCAAACCUACCGCAAUCCAACCCCCGACAUCCCCUCCAGUGACCCACUGCAGGCGCCUGACCACAACUCCUCCGAUGAAUCCCCCGACACCAACAAUUAUCACGGACACGCUUCAAACUGUCAGGCCAUGCACGCCCGUACUGCGGCAGAUAUUGAGAUUUUAAAGAAGGAUCAGCAGCGAACCCUUGUACAAAUAGACGAAAUCUUAGAAAUCAUCCGGAAACAGCGCCAGGAAUCACAAACACAAUUGAGCUCUCCAUCUUCUGAAACCUCUUCAAAUGUUCAACGAAGCAAUUUCCGAAAGCUCUUAAGACAACAUAUUGCAAUUCUUCUUGGAUGGACCAAAAAGAAAAAGGCAUAUCCAACGCCAGCCACCAAGGGUCAGCGGAGUCAAUGGGGCCGUCCUCUAGCACCAACGACAAGCAACCCUAGUUUACUCUUCCCUCACGAGGCCGCUACUCCACAGCAAGUCCAGAUCCUCCAGGAAAUGAUGCAACAAGCUGGUGUUACCCGAUUUGCCCCCAACUUCGCGUUUGCACCAACAGCCCCCGAAAACCAGUUCCUUUGGGAUCUGGCCGUGGAUAUGUUCACAGAACUUGCAGAUUGUGGCGAAUACUAUGUCCCUCCUGAACUCAAGCGCCGGUACAAAAAUGUGCAAAGCUUGCCCGAAGAGAAGAUAAAGACUCAGGUAAACAGCGCUAAGCGCAAAUCUUGUCGACAACAUCUGAUUGAACAUCGUCUGACGGUGGCGGCUAAAUUAGGAGGCUUAGAGCCCCUAUACUCUGCAAUUAAGGCUGCAUGCAGUGAUGACGAAACCGAUGACGAGCAGUCACCUCCACGCAAUACUAAGAAGAAAGUUUUUCUCACAUGCCUCCGCUCACACGAUCCUCUCGUCGUCAGUACACGCCCCCACCAAACCAAAAUCCUCCACCACCGGUCCCGGCUGGAAAUAUAUCCAAGAAUCGAACAGUUGUCCUACCUCAAGUCACACCUCCUCUAUUUUCUGGUCCGGCUCCUAGCCAUAGCUCAGAGGUUCCCAAUCAUACCCACCAGCAGGCCCGAAGUAAUUAUCGCAGUCCUUCUCACCAACCAACCAACACCCGCUCUCCCCACCAACACGAAUCCGUACUACCAGCAGAACGUCCAACCGCCUACCCACCAGCCUGCUGCACACAUCAGGACAUCUCCUCCAAACCCUCGCGAUUCAAUUGACGGAUCCAGAUCAGGUUACUCGCAUUCUGCGACGAUUGAUCAGUUUGUCCAGUCACAACCACCAGCUAGAUCCAACAACCUGCACAGGCAAACGUCUGCAGACGGAGUGUCCUCAAUCCGGCGAUCCGACAUCUUGAUCCAUUCUGCACCACCACUUUCUCCGCCUGGACCUUCCAUCCAUUCGGAAAGCCACAGUACUUCCUCGCAAUCUAUCAGCCUCAUUUCGUCCCAACCUGAUCCCGAAUUGGAAGCCCUCAUUGCAGGCAUCCCAUCCGACCUCCAAUUUUUUUUGCAACCGGACGUCCCCUUUGCCCAAGCAACUAUCAAGAAGCUGAAUCGCAUCAUUCAGUACAUCUUCCCAAGCACCAAGUUCAAAGGGACACCCGGAAAACCAUUCCUUUAUAAAUACUUUAAGGAUCACGUUGCUCCCCUGUUGGCCAAAUAUUCGGCACAAUCCCAAGAAUCACGGUUACUUCACGACGAGCCUAGAGUUGAUCAUAUCAACGUCAAUCACUUCAAUCCUCACGACCGCCGCUCUACCAAAAAGAUUCUCUCUGCCUUAAUCCACAGAGUUCAACCAAACCUAGACUUGUCCCGCUUGAACAAAACGACUCUGAUAAGUACCUUUUAUAAAACCUACAACCUUCAGCCGUUUUCUCCAGCGGAUAAAUUUUCUGUCUGCCCUCCUCCGAUUCCAACCCCCGAUCACGAGCAACAAGAACGCAACGAAAUACGCUUCGCUUUGCAGUGUUACUGCCCCAACCUUUUUCUGCCUCUUGAGUGCUCCAAGGUGGAGCUGUUGGCAAUAUACGAGAUUUUCAUCCUCGAAGAAUUGACUCGCUCCUACCUUGUUCAGGAAAACGCCCACUACUAUUGGUUUGACCCAACAGUCCCCCCUGAAUACUUGAUCAGCUUGCAGAAACAUUCCACCUAUUGA